UUUUGAUGAGACAGAUAAAUUCAAGAGCAAUAUACCCGAAGCUAAAUCCAUAUCCUUUCUUUCUCGGAGGGAGAUUGAUGAUGGAAACAAGAUCGAAAUCAAAAGCGAUCGCUUCCAAGUACCCGCGAUUGUUGAUCUUCUUGCUGCUCUAUCUUCAGCCGUAUCUUGUUCUUGCAGUUCCUCAAAAUUCCAUUGUUGUUUCAGGUAUUGGAAGCAAUAUUGGUAUAGAACCGAAAGUGUCGAGGAAAUAUUUGUCACUGUCGGUUAAUCUAGUAGGCAAACAUGAAAUCAAAGCUGUACAAAGGGGUGGAGGCGCUGUUGGCGGAGGAGGAGAAUACGUUGAUACAGGCGAUGCUGCUGGUGGGAAGACAAAGUCAUCCAAUAAACGGGGCGGAGCGCUGAUCCCUGUGUAUGCGGCCGGUGCUAACCGUCAUCGUCAACAGACUAAACACCACCGUGUAUCUAGCAGUGAUAUUGUUAAUUGCAUUGGCUCCGGUUAUUUGGUUUUAAUCCUCUUCACCUCUUUCUUCUUCAUGUAUUCUAUGUAGCUUUGCAUGCAUACAUAUGAAUAAUGAAUAUAAUGGAACUCAGUUUCUCGUUUUUAUUU